AUGCCAGCCUCCUUGGGUGCCGAUGUACCAGAGGCACUGCACAUCUGCUCUCCAGAAAUAGAUUCUGCACCUCCUCCACCUCCAGUUUUCCCCUCUGUGGACAUUGAUCACAUUGACGUGAACAGCAAGUGCACCAUUACUGACAACCAUCUGUAUAGGCCAGGAGAUUCUACAAUUGGAGGAAUCUUCUCUCUGACUCACCCUCAUUAUAAAGAGCACAGUUUUAAGAAAACUCCAUAUAAGCGUUAUUAUAGCUAUUUUGAUCUAGAACAAAAAAAUUACCAGCAUGUCCUGGCCUUCAUUUUUGCCAUCCAUGAAAUCAAUAAGAAUCCUGGGAUCUUGUCCAAUAUUACCCUAGGAAUCCAUAUCCAUGACAAUGUAUUUGAUUCAGGGUGCACAUCCAAGGCAGCCCUGGACUUACUGUUCACAAAGCAAGUUAAUGUAUUACAGUUUGAUAGAAACAAAGAUGUUUUGUCUGUUAUCGAGGGACUGACUGUCAAGAACUCCAUCCAAAUGGCCACCAUCUUGAACAUCUAUAAGAUUUCACAGUUCUCUUAUGGUUCACAUAAACCUACGUUCAGUGAUAAAGCUCAUCACCCUUCCUUGUACUGGAUGGCCCCGAGCAAAACUGCUAUGCACAAGGGAAUUUUCCAGCUCCUCUUGUAUUUCAGGUGGACUUGGAUUGGCCUCAUAGCUUCAGAUGACGAUGAUGGCGAAGAUUUUACCCAGAUAUUGUCCUUCUUGCUGGAACAAAAUAACAUUUGUGUUGCCUUCGUGCACAGAGUUACAGAAAUGAGCCUCACAGACCACAAAAUAUUGACAGAGCUCAAUUCAGCCCUUCUGUCACCCGAAGUGAACGUGAUUGCUGUCAGCGGAAAUUCUCAGUCUUUGUUCGCUUUGGAAUAUCUCUUAGACGUGUACGAAUUUAGAAUGCGCCAUCAUAUAGGGAAAGUUUGGAUCACAACAGCCCAGUGGGAUUUCACAAACACGAUGCGUGAGGACAGCUUCUGUACAGCAACCUUCCAGGGCGCUUUAAGUUUUGCAGGCCAUAAAAAUGUCAUGAAAGGAUUCCAGGACUUUCUCCAGACUUUAGAGCUUGACGAGGCACUGCUGUAUUUUAUCUGCAUCUUCUGGCGAGAAGCAUUCCAAUGUUGCUUUCCCCCUGAAAACAUCAACAAGUGCAAAAUGUGUAAAGGGAAUGAAAAAUUGGACAGCCUGUCUAAGUUUAUGUUUGAAAUGGAAAUGAAUACUCAGAGCUACAAUAUUUAUAAUGCUAUCUAUGCUAUAGCACAUGCUUUGGAUGCUGUAUACAUGUCGAGGCCAAAAACAAUGGCAGAUAAAGGCCAGUUUAAGUAUAUGAAUGUUCAGCCCUGGCAGCUCCACUUCUUUUUGAAAAACAUCAACUUUAACAACAGCGCAAUGGAAGAAGUGUCUUUUGUGAAUGGGGAAUUGUCAGCAGCGUACGAUAUCACCAACUGGGUCACUUUCCCCAACAAAUCCUUCCUUCGUGUUCAGGUUGGAAGUAUGUCAGCAGCCCAAGAAUUCACCAUCAAUCAAGAUGCCAUUGUGUGGAACAGUAAAUUUAAUCAGACACUGCCUUGUUCCAAAUGUGUUGAGGCUUGCCCUUUAGGACACAGCAGGAUAGUCCGGCAGGGGGAACCCCACUGCUGCUAUGAUUGCUAUCCAUGCCCAGAAGACACCAUUUCUAACCAGUUGGAUGCAGUUCACUGUAUCAAAUGCCCAGAAGACCAGUAUGCAAACAAGAACAAAGACUGGUGUAUCCCCAAAGUUAUAACUUUCCUGUCCUAUCAAGAGCCCUUGGGGAUUGUUUUGGUUUCCCUUGCCAUUUCCCUUGCCAUUGUCACAGUACUGGUGAUACAAAUCUUUCUAAAGAACUGGAACACUCCCAUUGUCAAAGCCAACAAUCACAAUCUCACCUGCAUUCUUCUCAUCUCCAUUGUGCUUUGCUACCUUUCUUCCCUGUUAUUCAUUGGCAAGCCCGACAAGAUGACCUGCCUUCUCCGGCAAAUGGCUUUUGGAGUCCUUUUCUCGGUUGCUAUUACUUGCAUGUUGGCAAAAACUAUCACUGUAUUUCUGGCCUUCAUGGCAAUACAGCCAGGGAACAAGAUGAGGAAAUGGCUAGGGACAAAAAUGGCCUACUCCAUUGUUCUGUCCUUCUCCUUCAUCCAGUUGGGGAUUUGUAUUACCUGGCUAUCCACCUCUCCCCCCUUCCCAGAUGUUGACAUGAACUCGCAGGCUGGGCUAAUCAUAAUGGAAUGUAACGAAGGCUCCAUCACCAUGUUCUACUGUGUCGUGGGCUACGUUGCUUUUCUGGCCAUCAUCAGCUUCACUUUAGCGUUCUCUGCCAGAAACCUGCCUGAUGCUUUCAAUGAAACCAAGUUUAUCACCUUCAGCAUGCUGGUAUUUUGCAGUGUUUGGAUCUCCUUUCUCGCAGCUUACCUGAGCACCAAGGGGAAAAACACAGUAGCUGUUGAAGUCUUUGCUAUCUUGGCCUCCAACACUGGAAUCCUGGCUUGCAUCUUUCUCCCCAAAUGUUACAUCAUCUUGCUAAAGCCUGAUUUAAACUCCAAGCAUCUUGUAAUAGACAAAAGGAAUUAUUCAAUCUGA